AUAGAAAUGUAUGCAUAGUGGAUCACGCAUUGACACAUGUUCGAACCUCAAAACUCUGCUCAGACUUGAAAGUUGUUUUUAACUACAAAUACUUUAAACCUAUUAAUUAACACAAAGGUUCAAAACUCGAAAGAAUCAUGGUUAAGAAGCGUAAAGUCUACACAGAGACGAAAGAAGAACGGAUGAUGAUGACAAUUGGCGAAAUAAUACAAGAACUUUUGACAGCUCACGAAGAACGCCGGGACGUUGAUCUCAAUAAAUUGAAAACGAGAAUCUCUUCAAAAUAUGGCCUUGCAUCGUCACCUAGGCUAGUUGACAUAAUUGCUGCUGUACCUUCGGAUGCUAAGAAAAUUCUGUUGCCAAAGCUUAAGGCCAAGCCAAUUAGAACAGCAAGUGGUAUCGCAGUUGUUGCUGUUAUGUGUAAACCACAUAGAUGCCCACAUAUCAACAUGACUGGCAACAUCUGUGUCUAUUGUCCUGGUGGUCCAGACUCUGAUUUCGAAUAUUCUACACAAUCAUAUACUGGGUACGAGCCGACAUCAAUGAGAGCAAUACGAGCUCGAUAUAAUCCAUUCUUGCAAACCAGACAUCGUGUGGAACAACUGAAGCAAUUGGGCCACAGUGUUGACAAGGUAGAAUUCAUUGUGAUGGGAGGGACGUUCAUGUCCUUGCCAGAAGAUUAUAGAGAUUAUUUUAUAAGGAAUUUGCAUGAUGCUCUCUCAGGUCACGUAAGUGCCAAUGUGGAUGAAGCUGUGAAAUACUCCGAGCGAAGUAGGACAAAGUGUAUUGGAAUCACCAUAGAAACACGGCCUGAUUACUGUCUCAAAAGACACCUUUCUGAUAUGCUUAAAUAUGGUUGUACCCGGCUUGAGAUUGGUGUUCAAUCUGUUUACGAAGAUAUUGCACGGGACACCAACAGAGGUCACACUGUGCGUGCAGUUUCUGAAAGCUUUCAGCUUUCCAAAGAUGCGGGUUUCAAAGUUGUUGCACAUAUGAUGCCUGAUUUACCAAAUGUCGACAUAGAAAGAGAUGUCGAACAGUUUAUGGAAUUUUUUGAAAACCCAGCAUUUCGUGCAGAUGGCCUCAAGAUUUAUCCCACACUUGUGAUUCGUGGUACAGGGCUUUAUGAGUUGUGGAAGACAGGAAGAUACAAGAGCUAUCCUCCUAGUACAUUGAUUGAUCUUAUUGCACGAAUUCUGUCUCUAGUGCCUCCGUGGACUCGUGUUUACAGAGUGCAGCGAGAUAUUCCUAUGCCCCUUGUCAGCUCUGGCGUGGAGCAUGGUAAUCUUAGAGAGUUAGCCCUGGCCAGAAUGAAAGAUCUAGGUACGGAUUGUAGAGAUGUGAGGACUAGAGAAGUGGGAAUUCAAGAAAUACACCGUAAGGUUCGUCCUUAUGAAGUUGAGCUUGUUCGUCGAGAUUACGUUGCCAACAAUGGUUGGGAAACCUUUCUGUCUUAUGAAGACCCUACUCAAGACAUUUUGGUCGGAUUACUACGGCUCAGAAAAUGCUCCAAUGAAACUUUCAGGCCUGAGUUAAAGGGGAAAUGUUCAAUAGUCCGAGAAUUACACGUUUAUGGAAGUGUAGUACCAGUUAAUGCAAGAGAUCCAACAAAAUUCCAGCAUCAAGGAUUUGGUAUGCUCUUGAUGGAAGAGGCUGAACGUAUUGCCUUAAAGGAACAUCAAUCUCAUAAGAUCGCAGUCAUAUCAGGUGUCGGAACUCGGAAUUAUUAUAGAAAGAUGGGAUACGAAUUGGAUGGUCCAUAUAUGUCUAAAAUGCUGGUAGAUCUCGGACAUGAUCCGAUAAAGAUGGACUAAAGAUUACACUUCGUCACUCCAAUUCUUUUGCAAAUUUAGGUGAGCACAAAAAGAUCUAUGUACCAUGAUUACCAGAAUGGAGGUUUAGAAAGUAGCUGCAACCAAGGCAGGGGAGUAAUAUUCGAAGAUUUGUUAGAAGCAGCAUUUUGCACGAGUGAGCAAGAAUAGUAGCUUAAUACUGCCGUCCACAUCAAACCCAAACCACCUGUUUUUGUGUAAAAAUUUUCAUUAGUAUAUUCAAGCCAAGACCGUUUAGUGCACAAUAUGUAUUAAUGUGAGAAGUAACAUAAGUAUUAACGUUACAUUAUUCACAACUGUAACUGCAAAAUUUGAAAUCAUUUACUGUAAAACCAACAUUAUUUUCGAAAGGGUUCAUGUCAUGCCAAUUGCAACAAGAGCCACAAUUGUCUGAACGACAAAUAUGUUGGUGAAUGAAACAUACGUCAAUAAUCCUUUGAUUAUUAGCUAAAAACAGUCUCUUGGCAAUUCAUUGGAUGUAUUUAACAUCGUGAAGAAAAAUUAUUAGUCAAUCUAAUCAAAUUGUUAAGCUACAAACAGAUUCAAUCGUUACAGGUCAAAAAUGUACCACUGAAGUCUAAUUACCUAAAACUUGGAAAACUUGUGCCCAAUUGUAAGUCUCCAACAAAUAGGAACCCAGAGAUCCAGUAAGAAGAGUACCUAAAGCCGAUCCUGAUGUCAAGAGACUAAAAAAUGAGGCUCUGUCUGGUUCGUGUAAACGCUGACUGGUCAAACUUAUCAUACUAGGAAAAUGCAUUCCUGUGAAAAAUUAAAAACAGAAUUGAAUUGGUAUUUCAAUAUUUAGCUAAUUAUUGAGAAUGUGCCGUCACCUUGAAAGGCCCCGUUCAGCAUGCGAACUGAAGCGACGAAUUUGACUGAUACCUCAUUGUUGGAAAAAGUAUUAAUGAUUUCUGGCAUGAAGAGUGUAGUAAGUGACCAACCAACCGCGGCGAAGAAUAUCACUUUUUGACCACCAAUUCGGUCACUGAUGAAUCCACUUGCAACUUGUGUUAAGGU